AUAAUAUGGGGUGUAAUCUGAUGAGGUAGGUGACUGUAGGACAGGUGUAGUAAGCGGGCUGUGUUGGGGUGCAUAGGUUUGGUAGCAGAUAGAUAUGGGGUGUAAUCCGAUGAGGUAGGUGACCAUAGGACAGAUGUGGUAUUGGAGUUUUGUGUAUGGUGUUUCAUUACUCUAUAGGGGUGUAGGUAGACAUGGGGGAUCGGUAGUCUGGGCUGCAGCUGUUGUUCUCUGUUAUCAGUGAGCUGGGUCCCUUCCCUCCCCCGAUGACUCGUUCUUCCUGGACUCUCAUUAUGUUGGCUGAGCUAUUCCUCAUUGAUCCUUAGAUUCCACAAGUGUCCUCAGUGCACAGAUCCCAUUGUGUCUGGGGCUGAGGACUGGGGGGUACACCCCCUCCAAACUCAGAAACCUCUUCAUCCCUGUGAUGCUGUUCUGUUCCUUGGCGGCGUACAAACAUGGCGAAUUCUGGAAUUACGAAAACUGCAUGGAAGCUGCAAGAAAUAGUGGCUCAUGCCAGCAAUGUGUCAGCCAUUGCCCUGGGGAAGAGCUCCGGCCGCCUCCUGGCCACCGGGGGAGAAGACUGCCGAGUCAAUCUAUGGUCUGUCAACAAACCCAACUGUAUAAUGAGUCUGACAGGACACACAUCCCCAGUGGAGAGUGUCCGCUUCAGUGCAUCUGAGAAGCUAAUUGUGGCUGGAUCUCAGUCUGGUUCUCUGCGGGUGUGGAACAUGGAAGAAGCUAAAAUACAAAGGACGUUAAUGGGGCACAAGGCUAACGUGUGCAGCCUAGAUUUUCACCCAUAUGGAGAAUUUGUGGCAUCCGGGUCUCUGGACACAAAUAUUAAGCUAUGGGAUGUGCGCAGGAAGGGGUGCGUGUUUCGUUACAAGGGGCACACACAAGCCGUGCGCUGCUUACGCUUUAGUCCAGAUGGCAAGUGGCUGGCGUCGUCUUCAGAUGACCACACCAUUAAGCUUUGGGAUAUAAGUGCUGGAAAAUUAAUGUCUGAAUUCACUGAGCACACAGGGCCUGUGCAGAUCGUGGAGUUUCACCCCAAUGAAUAUUUGCUGGCAUCAGCAAGUGGAGACAGGACUGUUCGUUUCUGGGAUCUGGAAAAGUUCCAGUCAGUGGGCUGCAUGGAGGGAGAAGCCACACCAUUCAGGUCCAUCCUCUUCAGUAGUGAUGGCGGCUGUCUGUUCUGUGGAGGCCGGGAUGCUCUACGUAUUUAUGGCUGGGAACCAGAGCGCUGCUUUGAUACUGUCCCUGUGGCAUGGGGCAAGGUCUCUGACCUGUCCAUCUGUAAUAACCAGCUUAUUGGAGUCUCUAGCACCCAGUCCAAUGUCUCUUCCUUUGUGGUUGACCUAAAUCGUGUGAAAAUGACUGGAUCAGGGUCAGAGGGGUGUAUACCUAAAGAAACACCAGUCAGUCAGACCACUCCAACGGGAUCAUCUUUAAGACGCAAUUAUGAGCGACCAUCUACUACCUGCACAAAGCCAAAGAGAGUCAGCCCCACCAGUGAUGAUGAGGAGAAGGAGUCACGAGCUGAGAUCCAGAAUGCAGAGGAUUACAAGGAGAUCUUUCAGCCCAAAAUGGCCAUUUCUCGGACUCCUCCACGAAAUACUGAACCUUUUCCAGCCCCCCCUGAAGAUGACUCCACAAUGAUAAAAGAAGCUGUACCAGCAACACCAGAGGUCAUCACUGCUCUUCCCACCAAUAAGAAAACCAGUGAACAAAUUCACAAACCACCAGUGGCAGCCUCUACACCAACUGUAUGCCAGGAGCCUCCAGCUGUGUCCAAUAACCCCCCAGUUAUAUCUGCGGCACGAAAUGAGCCCAUUGGUCUUAAAGUUGCAGACUUUCUCCCGGUUGUGAAGGGCUCAUCCCCAGCCGAAAUAGUGGAUGAAGAAGCUGUAUGUCAGAUCCGGAAAGGCCAUGAUACCAUGUGCAUGGUGCUGACCAGCAGAAUGCGGAACCUUGAUACUGUGAGAGCAGUGUGGAGCACAGGAGACAUCAAGACAUCGAUGGACUCUGCUGUGGCUGUUAAUGACCUCUCUGUGGUUGUGGAUCUCUUAAACAUCAUUAACCAGAAAGCGUCUCUAUGGAAGCUGGACCUUUGCCUAACCGUGUUGCCUCAGAUUGACAAACUUCUGCAGAGCAAGUAUGAGAGCUAUGUGCAGACUGGGUGCAUUUCUCUCAAGCUCCUUCUGCAGAGGUUCUUGCCGUUGAUCACGGACACACUUUCAGCUCCGCCAUCUGUGGGUGUGGACAUUUCGCGUGAGGAAAGGCUGAUGAAGUGUAAGCUGUGUUACAAGCAGCUGAAGGGCCUUUAUGUGUUGGUGAAGAGCAGAGCAAUGCAGACUGGAAGAUAUGGGAGUGCCUUCCGUGAGCUGCAUCUUCUUAUGUCUGGACUAGAGUGAUUUGGAUAGAUGAUUCCGCUGCGCUAUAGUGGUGGCCUCAAUCUACAACAGAAGACGAUGGACUCUGUGACUUUUCACUUAUGGGGUGGUUUGUGGCACAUACGCUUGCUGACAUUCCACAGUAGCCCAGCAGCAGGGUCUGGAGGCGUAACUGUCUCUGUGAGACGGGCGCUCUUCACUGUAUCAUUCCUGCUGGGUACUGUCAGCCCUUAACCUGUGUGUUAAGUGUUUCCUUUAUAGUUCAAUUAAACAAGUGUCAUAUUUUAC